GGGGGAAAAAGAUUGUGGAUAAGGCAAAAACUGAAGAAAUGUGACAAUUCAACGGUCAUUUUCAUGGCGAAGGGAAAACUGGUGCGAAAGGAGUUAUUCUUGGACUCCUUUGAGCCUCGAAACGCUGGAUCAAAAUGCUCAUAGUGGAGAAGACCACAGACUUCCCCUCUGCUGAGUUCUCUCUGGUGGAGGAUGUGGCUCUGCACUUCACCUGUUUGAUGGACAGGCUGAACGAGCAGCGCCUCUUCCAGCCUGACCUGUGUGACGUCGACAUCGUUCUGGUGCGUCAGCACAGCACCUUCCCGGCCCACAAGGGCGUGCUGGCGGCCUACAGCCCUUUCUUCCACUCGCUUUUCGCCCAAAGCAAACAGCUGCGGCGGGUGGACCUGUCACUGGACGCCCUGACCUCACAGGGCCUGCAGCAAAUCCUCAACUUCAUUUACACCUCCAAACUGCUGGUGAGCAGCCGCACUGUCCGCGACGUGCUGAACGCAGCCACCUUGCUUCAGAUGAGCGACAUCGCAGCCUCCUGUCGUGACCUCAUCAGCAGCCACUCGCUGAGAACCACCUGCGCAGAUAUGGCCAAUCAGGAAGGGCUUGCCAGUGGUGACCCAGCUGCUGUAGCGAUUCCCCCCAGCCAGCUGUACAGGGAGAUCAAACAGGAGUCAGAGCUAGGCAGGGUGUACACAAGGGAAGGCAACAGCCCAUUUUCUGUUAGGGUGGAGGAGGCAGGAAAGACAGCCUCCCAGCAGAAGCAGUACUACCAGAAAGAGGAGGGGACAGGGGGCGGGGCCGGCACAGGUGCUUUGUGCAAAGUCGAAAGCAAUGGAGAGGAGUCAAAGACCGCAGAUGGCCACUCCUUCAACAGAGAUCAGAUCAUUGUUGAAGUCAACCUCAACAACCAGACCCUGAAUGUGUCAAAGGGAUCAGAGGGCAAAUCGGCAACCGCCACAGACACAGCCGCCAUGUUUGGUCGUUGCCGUGACAAUGACAGAGAUUCGGAGGAUGACGAGGAGAAUGAGGUGGAGAACGAUGAUGCAGUUGAAGACGACGACGAUGACCUAAAGAGGGGAGACAUACUGGGGCAGAGCAGUGAGGAAGAAGAUGAAGAGGAGGAUGAAGAAGAGGAGGAGAACACCCUAAACAUUCCAGGCUUGGAACAGACAGCCAUGAUUGAUCGGCCUCGACGGGGCACCAGGGGCUUGGCCAUGGCGGGAACCACAGCUUCCAUGCGCCAGACACUGGCAGAGGCCACGUUAGCCAACCAACGGCCUGGUGGGAAGAGGACUCUGGAUGCAGAGGGCCUCGGCCAGAAAGUGAGGCUAGAGGAGAAACAGCAUUUUCCAUGUAAGAAAUGCCCUCGCGUCUUCAACAACCGCUGGUAUCUGGAAAAACACAUGAACGUCACUCACAACCGCAUGCAGAUCUGUAAUAACUGCGGGAAACGCUUCCUGCUGGAGAGCGAGCUGCUGCUGCAUCAACAGACUGACUGUGAGAAGAGCAUCCAGUGUGUAACAUGUGGAAAGGCCUUCAAGAAGCUGUGGUCAUUACAUGAGCAUAACAAGAUUGUCCAUGGCUACGCUGAGAAGAAGUUCUCCUGUGAGAUCUGUGAGAAGAAGUUUUACACCAUGGCUCAUGUCAGGAAGCACAUGGUCGCCCAUACAAAGGACAUGCCGUUCACCUGUGAGACGUGCGGGAAGUCGUUCAAGCGCAGCAUGUCCCUAAAGGUUCACUCUCUUCAGCACUCAGGAGAGAAACCCUUCAAGUGUGAGAACUGCAGUGAGCGCUUCCAGUAUAAAUACCAGCUGCGUUCCCACAUGAGCAUCCACAUCGGACACAAGCAGUUCAUGUGCCAGUGGUGCGGAAAAGAUUUCAACAUGAAACAGUACUUCGAUGAACACAUGAAGACACACACUGGAGAGAAGCCGUACAUCUGUGAGAUCUGUGGGAAAAGCUUCACGAGCCGGCCAAACAUGAAGCGCCACCGCCGCACCCACACUGGAGAAAAGCCGUACCCCUGUGAGGUGUGUGGCCAGCGCUUUCGCUUCUCCAACAUGCUCAAGGCCCACAGGGAGAAAUGCUUCCGUGUCAGUAACCCCAUGGUUACAGACGGCAACGACCCCCUCGGCCUCGACCAACCCCUGGCCUCACCUGCUGCGGACUCUUCCGGUCAGGUCCAGCUGGGGACAGCGCUUCCCGCCACAUCUGUGACCACACCCGCUGCUGCCUCCAGCCCCCACCCCCUCCACGGCACCCAGCUGUCUCUCCCCCUGCUGCACCCCAUGGGGGGGCUGCCUCCCACCCCUCAUUUACCCCCACCGCCUCCCCUGUUCUCUGCCGGUAGGAUGAACUCCAACAACUAACAAAUCUCUGUAGCAUUGAAAGCACUUUGUUACUUUUGUUUUACCAUUUUUCUUUGAGCUUUUAAGAGGACUUGUUCAGCAGGAGGGUGAUGCCACCUCAGUGACAUCUACACAGAGGGGUAAAAACUGAUUGAAGGCUAAAUGGAGGCCUCAUAAUAACACACAUACAACUACCACAGUAAGAAAGAGUUAUUUUUUACUCUGUUGAAUACAAUAGAAAACCUCAGUGUCCAGUAGGACGUGUCAUCAUCACUCUUCUCUUCGUGAAUUUCUCAACUCUGUCCUGGUUUCAUUUGGGAUUUUUCCGACACCACACACAUCUCUCCGGAGCCUUGCACAAUGCAUUGAUUGUAGCAUCUUUUACAAAGUGGGAGGAAGAGUUUCCUAAAUCUUCGCUCAUACUGGGUUCAUCAGUCGAGUGAGAACCACACUAUGAUGAGAGAAAAUGUUUUCUUUUCCGUUCUCUGCCAAGAUGUAGCGAGUGGUUCUGUUUCUGACCCAGCAAUAACCAAAUGCUGAUUUGUCUUUGAGCAUAUACAUGUAUAUGGCAUUGCCAAUAACCAAAUCCUGUUAGCUCACCUGCUAUAGUUAGGUAAUGUUAUACAGCAUUUAUAAUCGAUCCUGCACCUUACAUUUAACUCUAGUGAUAUUUAAAAUGUACUCCUAAUUGUCUUCAUUUUUAUAAUUGUGAUAGUGUGUAAUUUGUGGCACGUUAACGUCAAUUUGUAAGGACAUAAGAGGACUUGUGACGCGUGGAGAGUUGACCGUGCAAUGCAGUGUGUGUGGGUGUGUGUGUGUGUGUGUGUGUGUGUGUGUGUGUGUGAGUGAUAGUGUGUGAGAGAUUUGAAGCAGAGGUGGGAGGUGAGAAUACCCAGAUCUACAUUCAGCUAAUUAACGCUUGAGCUUCCCCAAAUCAGGAGACGGAGUAAUUUGUUGACUCUCUUCUUUUGCUUACAUUAAGCAAGCACGCUCCUCUCCUGUAGAUCUGGCUGUGAGACAGUAUGGCACUUUUCUGUGACUUGUUAGUAAAACCUAAUGUACUCAGACCUACAGUAUAUUUGUAGGUUUAAUUCUAAUGUCAAUGUUAACUUGCAGCUCAAUUCCCAACUAAACCUAAUCUGUGUAAUUAGUUUGCAGAAUACCAACAGUGUAGGGAUGAUGAUAAUAUUCACAAAAAUCUGCUUAUGUAGCUCAUUAAGUGUGCACAUUUCAUCAUGAUGUAUAUUGUGAAAUGAUAAACAUUAUAUUCCGAUGCCUAACUCUCUUAAAGAGCACUGACAGUGAUUACUUUUGGCACAACUGAGCUUGUCACUAAACCAACCCCUAACUGUUCACUAUUACUGUACAAACUAGACAACGGUGACCUGUAGAAGCUAAACAUAGUUAGGAACGUGCAAUUUAAUGCAGUGUGAUACCCUUCAAAAACUUUGUGGCUCUUUGUGCACUUUUGACAAUUUUUUGUCAUAAAUCCUUGUCAGUAAAAACGUCUUAAAGGAAUAGUUCAGGACAUUUCAGGAAAUACACAUAUUUGCUUUCUUGCAUAGAGAAGGUUGAUACUAUCCUUAUACCUGUCUAUCAAAUGUGAAGCUACAUAUUAGCUUAGCCCAUCAUAAAAAAACUGGGAAAAGCUACUCUGGCUCUGUCCAAAGCUGGAAAACAUACGCCUGCCAGCAUUUCUAAAGUUAUCUAAUUAACAUGCUGCAUCUUAUGUGUUGAAUCUGUACAGAAAAAGUGAAAAGAAUUUGUGUGUUUGUUUUAUCAUGAGAGUUAGCUAGUUAGUGAGCUUUAGAGGUGCUGGUAUGUACAACUGGUUUAGCUUAGCAUAAGAUAAGCUAGUUGCUAGCUCUAUCCGAAAAGGACAGACAUGAGAGUUAUAUCAAAUUUCUCAUCUAAAUCUCAACAAGAAAGCAAAUAGACAUAUUUCCCAAAAUGUCAAAUCAAUUUUUGAAAUUGGAUAUUUCAAUCAGUUUCUCAUCCAAAAAGAGUCUCUGUGCACUAUGGAUGCACUCCCGCUCACUUUAUCUAUAGAUAGCCUAUUGUAGUGUAGCAUUAACCUGUAAAUAUUGUUAAGAUGUGUUUCUUCCUUGUGAUUAAUUCCUCAUGUUUACAUUCGGAGAGUCAGUUGAAUGUGCCCCCACAUGUGUCUUGGCUGGUGCUAGCGGAAGUUGGAAUUUGUUGGAAUUAAGCUUUUGUAAAUGUAAUAAGCUGUUAAUUGUUUUAUUUAAAAGACAGAUUUAAGCACCUUAGUGUAGUCUUAUGUCUCACCCCGGUUAAAUGUAUUUCUGAAACUGCCAUGGUUAAAUGGUUAGGGCCACAUCCGAUGUUAUUUGACAAUGGUACGUUUUAAUUAUUUUCUUCAUGUACACAUGUUUUGUAUUUUGAUUUGCUGCUUUUGUACAGGGUCCAGUUUGAGACUGCCCUUUAAAUGAAAAGUCUAGAGCUGUUGAAUUGUUGGCUGUGAUAAAUCCAAUUUAGCCUUACUAGACAGUGCGCUCCAGGAUCAGAAAUGAUGCUGCAAUUUAGGUGUUUGGAGCAGUUUGAGGAGAUAACUGUCAACCAUUUUGCAACCAUCUAAGGAUUGAUCUUGUCAUUGGUAGAUUGGAGACAACAGGUUGCUGACACAGACAGGGAUAAAGCCAACCUGUCAGUGCCACACAAACAUAAGGACUGUUGCUCUCUUGUGGCAACUCAGUAAACUGCACUGUUAGCAAUCCUACACUAAGGAAAUAGGAAAAGGCUCCCUCAGAGUACAUUAUCAUUCAUAGUCAUCAUUGGAGAAGCCCAUGGUACUUUAGGAUCAUGUGAAAAGGCUAAAAAUCCACUUAGCGAGUAUUUUCCCACUUCACUGUAUUGAGAAGCACUAGCCCAAGAGACAAUACUGAAAUACUGUGGUUAUAGCUUGUGUGUUUGCCUUAUACUUGGAGGGAUCUGAAUGUUUUUGUGUUAUGGACAGUGGUAGUAGCUGACAGUAAAGGAGGAGGGAUAGUAGUUAAUACUACUGAUUUAUGCACUUUGAUUGCCACACUAGCCCAUAAAGAGGAUAUGUAUGCUGAUACAAGAUGAAAAAUAGAAAGCAGAGAUGUUUAAUAGUGGAAAGAUCUAAAUCCAAAGGCUUACAGUGUAUAUUACAUUUAAAUGUAACAAGUCGAUUUUGAUGUUCAUAAAUUAUUAACAAAAUCUACAAAUCACAGUGAUGUUCUCUGUGUUAUUUGUUUAGAACUGAUCAGACGUUGUGGUUAGUAAGUUGAAGAAGUGGCAGACAUGGACCUGACCUGUGCUUUGUUUCCUAGAAUAACUUAGUGGAUCAUUUGCUGUGGUGUGGCAUCCCGCACACUGAGGACAACUCAGCUGUGAGCAGUCAGUUAUUUGUCACCCUGCAGCUAAACUGGUGUUUCUGUGUUUCAGUCUGCCUGUUUUGCACCGCGCUGCUCUUUAACAAGCAUUUAUGGUUCCUCCCUAAGGGUGCAUACAGCUGAGGCUGUUUGUGGGGUCCUUUCCCUGAUCACUACCAUAAUCAAGAGGAAGUUUAGGUCUUACCAGUUUGCUCCUAUUGAAGGAGCUUAAUAUGUGACUGUUAAAUUUCAUGCUAUUAGAAAGUGUAAAGGUAGGCGUCGGUUGCCAGAUUGAUUAAUGCAAAAGAUACAAUAAUUAUUGUGAGCACUUUAUACUCCAGUUCAGCCAGUAGGGUUUUGUUAAGGCUGAUACAGUAGCAGUUGUUUGAAUCAAAAUCUGCUGAUGGUAGGUGUUUUUUUUUUUAUAUUUCCAUGGCAGAAGAUUAUAGGAAAUUAUAAAAAUGCAGUUUCUGCCAGAAUUUUGUUCUUGGCAGGUGUUCAGUCCUCUGAAACAGCAUUUCAACCAAAGGGAUGACAAAACAGACCCUGCAAAAAUAAUAAAAAGUCCUACUGUAUGUACCUGCUUGGAAUCAGAUCAAAAUAAAUAAUAUUGUAAUAGAAUCUAUUGAAGUUAUGGGCUUCCAAACCAGUGCAGUAUUAAUUGGUUGCUGUUAUGAUAAAUCAAAUGGCAGCAUAUCAAUUAUUUUAGAGGUGAAUGAGCAGAAGCUUUUUUUUUUUUCAACAGGCCGAGAUUCAUCUAAUCAAUUGGUAAACAGGAAAAAGAUGUAUUGUAAAAAAAAAAAAAAAAAUUGUUUUUAUCUCAUUUUACACACAAUAUAUACACGUAUAUUUUACCUCCAUACAUAUAUACUGCAGUAUCAGUAUCCAGAGAAUGUUUAGCCACUGACCUGGCUAUGAAAGUCUAAAUCCAUACUCAAAAGCAGAAUUUGCGUGUUAAUCCUUUGUCUUAGAUUAUUUAACAAACAAGUCUUCCCUAAAUCCAGCUGCAAAGAAGACAAAACCCAUCUGUGACAUCAUUAUAGAGGCACAUUUGUGGACCCUUACAGCACCUAAAUCCUGAAAAAGAACACAACAAAUCAUUGUUUGUUGAAGUCUGUUUUUUAAUUUAGUAUUUUAAAGUUAAAUGGCAGUAAAGCUGAGAUUAUUGUAAGCGAGAAGGGAAAUUUUGCACAGUGUUUAGGAGUCCUAUAUAGUAGGCAGGUAGGCUUUAUGUCUUUUAAUUAGCCAAAUUCUCCUUUACUAAGGCUAGUAGCCAAAGGCUUGUAUUAGAUUAGGCAAAGGUGGACCUGCUCUUGUCCUUAAAUGAGGGUUUGUCAAACGGGUGCCUAGACAGCAACAUAGCUACUGUGCAUUCUGCAUUGCAGCCAAGGCAAAUGUUUGUCACAUAAUGAAGCCUUGAGAAUAGCAGUUGUGUUCAAAGCAGAGAGUGCUCAUGGGAUUGCCAACUAGCGUCUCCUCUGGGUAAUUUUGGGUUUAGCUGCCAGAGCAGAAGUGUGUAUCAAAAAAGGAUCUGAUUCUGUGGCCUUCCGCUUCCAAGAAAAUGGGAAUAUGACUAUCGGAAUUUAAUAGCAAUUACUAAAGUUUCAAGAGGGGAGGAACCGUUGUAUCUACGUAAGAAUUCUAAGAAAUGUGUUUUUGAAGAAGAAAAAGUUUCAUUUAAAAAAAAAAAAAAUGAAGCAAAACUUUUGUUUUCAUUUGAUUUUUUUCCUCCACAUUUUGGGCAAAUGUCCCAAAGCUAGCAGAAGGUUGUCAGAAGAGUCAAAACUAUAAGUGACUACAUCAGUGAAUUAUAUUGUUAGUUAAAUGAUUAAAAUGGAGUGUAAAAAGUAGAGCUGCCAGUAUUCUUCUUCUUUAGUCUUCUGUGAUGGUGGACUGAAGACAGCAACUUGGGUGCUGGGUAUUUGUGAUGGGCAUUUUUUUCCACCAUUUUCUUUCUCUUAAUAGACAAACUAAGCUAUCAAUCAAGACAAUAAUAAUCAAAUUAAUUGAAAAUGAGAAUAAUCAUCAUUAAAAGCUAAUCAUUAUUAAGAGCUUUAUAUUUCUUUAUACAUUCCUUUUAAAUCAUUUCACUCACUGUAUUACUUGCUUAUGUGUCCAGUUGUAUUUUUGACUCAUCUGAAAAUAUUUUACUACACUAAAAGAACGUGAGAGGAAAUUGGAAAGCAAGUGUUGUUGUUUAUUUUGCAUGUGAAGGUUUGUUUUGCUGUUCUAAUAAAUUUGUUCGCUGGUGACUUUUCCCCUUUAUCGGGCAAAGGUAUAACUAUAGGCACCAAUGCCGUAGUCAAUUCAAAAAUGUAUUAUCCACAUACCCUCUACAUUUCCCAUACUUACUCAUUUUGCAGCUGUGUUAAAGAAAUCAUAAUGUGUACUGUUAUUUGCUGAUUCUCUACUUUAUAAUGUAAACACUAUGUCUUAGUUAACUCUGGUGUACAAAGACCAUGUGUAGGCAGUAGUUGUCAAGUUCAGCUAUAUUAAAAUACUAAAACAGUACAAGGACAAUAGUGUCUAGAGGUGCUAAUAACAUUAGACUGUAUUUUCUGUCUUUUAUUGUAUUAUUGACUAGUGUCUACCGUCUGUAACACAGCAGAGCGUAAUGAAAUCAUUUCAAUAUUAAACAGUAUAGAUAUAUUAUUGCAAAUA